GGUGCUGGUUGCUGCGGGGAGCGCCACGCGCUUAACCCUGGGGCCAGGCGACAGCGACUCCAGGGCCUGUACGCCGGUCCUGCCCGCAGUUAGCCCAAGACUCGGGGCCGAGAGGAAGCGCUAGAGCCCAGAGUUCUCCCUGGAGUUCGCUCCGCGCCGCCUGGAGGACGGAUCUGCCCGGCCCGGCGACCGCCGCUCCCGCCCCCCGCCCUGGAGCCGCUGAAGGACGUCCAUCUGGGCCUGGCUCAGCCCGGCCGCGGCGGCGGCCGCGCUCGCCUGGCCCUCCUCUCGGGCCAUUACAUUUACUAUCAUUACGGCUGCGACGGCGUGGACGACCGGGGCUGGGGCUGCGGCUACCGCACUCUGCAAACGCUGUGCUCGUGGCCAGAGGGCCGGCCGGCGGGCGUACCCGAACUGGCUGCAGUGCAGGCGGCCCUGGAGGACAUGGGCGACAAGCCCCCCGGGUUCCGGGGCUCUCGGAGCUGGAUCGGCUGUGUAGAGGCCAGCCUCUGCCUUGACCACUUCGGGGGUCCACAAGGGCGCCUACGUCACGUGCCCCGUGGAGCAGGGCUUCAGGGGGAACUGGAGAGGCUUUAUUCCCACUUCGCAGGGGGCGGGGGACCUGUAAUGGUUGGAGGGGAUGCGGAUGCCCGGUCAAAGGCCUUGCUGGGAGUGUGCCUGGGGCCAGGCACGGAAGCCUACGUCCUGGUAUUGGACCCUCACUGCUGGGGUGCCCCGAAAAACUCCAGUGAACUACAGGCUGCUGGGUGGGUGGGCUGGCGAGAGGUGAGCACAGCCUUUGACCCCAACUCCUUCUACAACCUGUGCUUGACCAGCUGUAACUCGAAAAAGCAGCUGCCCACCCUGGACUGAGGCUUCUCUAGCGCCAUACCCGUUGAUCUAACCCAUCUCAAAGGCAGAGGCUGCCUGAUGUCAGACUCCCAGGAAGCCCCAGCAGAGCCUGGGAUCUUUGGUGUCAAUAAAGUGGCA